CUGACAUUAAACUGAAGAGAAGGGCUAUAUAUUUGGGGUUUAAAAGCAAAGACCCGCUGAGGAUAACAGAGCUCUCACGGUGUAAUCUACUUCCGUAGACGUUGGGAUACAGGGAGCAGACUAAAACUGCCAAGGAACCAAACUGAAUCAUGUCACACUCAGUUGACAUAUUUACCGUCUUGGAUCCUCCAUCGUCUAACAACGACAGGAAUGCAGCGGCGGUACCCCCCAUUUCCACUUGGGUGCCACCACCCCCACCUCCGAAAUCUUCGGACAAAGAAGACAUAUUUGUAGUGCAAGGUUAUACCCACCCCACACAAGCUCCUUACUCCCAAGGCGGGCCAAGAGUUCAUUAUAACCACCAGUCCACCACGGUGGUCGUGACGUCACAACCUUCUCCGAUGGACCACUAUUUCACCGAAGACUCGGUGGAGGCGACUUGCCCCAAAUGUAAACAAGUAAUAAUGACCAGACUGUAUCACCAAACUGGAACGUGUACAUACCUGUCUUGUAUCGUGCUUUGUGUUAUUGGAUUUCCAUGCGCGUGUUGUGCUAUUCCUUUCUUCUGGGAUCGGAUGAAGGAUGUGGUCCACUCCUGUCCAAAGUGUAGGACUGUGAUAGGAAUACACAAUAGGAUAUGAAGACCAGCAACUCUUUCCAACUCCAGAUACGCAUGCGGGUUUCCUGAACCUACUGGAUCCACACUCACGGACAGAAUAAGCACACUCUGCCAGGGCAAGAAAUUACAUAGUUUCCUUGGUCAGAGUUUCCUUGGUCCACUAGAUAUUCAAAGAUAUUUCUCUAGUCAAAUAUCUACACUAUUCUUAUACUGCGCUGUGAUAUUUCUGUUAAAAAAAGAAAAAA